CUCCCAGCUCAGAUGAGUGAGCUCAGGAGCCUCCUCUGUUCAGUCUGUGCCAAUAGGUGCGAGGGUCUGACCAAACACUGGUGGUUUGUGGGCUGCUGCAGAAGAAGAAGAGCUCCGCAGCUUCCCACGGACUGAUCUCCCUGCAGAGGGCGGGGGUUGGGAGUUUUUUUUUCCAAAAGGGGUACCACUCAUUCCCACACUCACCCCUACUCAGUGAGCAGCAUCCUGGGCAGGUCCUCUGCUCGUCUCCUCUGAGAUCCAGCAACGAGGCUGAGCAGCAGCGGCAGUGAGCGGGCGACCGAAGCCAACCAUGCGCCAGAGCAAGAGCCAGUGUCUGCGCCCCCGGCUGUGCGCGCUGGAGAAGGGGGACAACGGCUACGGCUUCCACCUCCACGGGGAGAAAGGUAAGACGGGCCAGUUCAUCCGCCUGGUGGAGUCCGACAGCCCGGCGGAGACCUCGGGGCUGCGCGCCGGGGACCGCCUGGUGUUCGUGAACGGCGAGGACGUGGAGACCGAGACCCACCAACAGGUCGUGUCCCGGAUACGAGCCACCCCGGGCCGCCUGGAGCUCAUCGUGGUGGAUCCGGACACGGAGCAGCUGCUGAAGAGGCACAACAUGAAGUGUCUGAAGGAGUAUGUGACCGAGGGAGUCCCGGUGCAGCUCGAUGAAGAGGAGGAGGAGGAGGUGGUGGUAGAGGAAGAGGUGGACGGGACGGAUGGCGACGAGGAGAAGCGGGAGGAGGUGGAGGAAGAGGAGGAGGUGGUGAUGGUGGAGCAGCAGCAGCAGCAGCAGCAGCAGCACGAGGAGGAGGAAGAAGAGGAGAAAGUGGAGGUGACACCCAGGGAGUCCACGAAGACAAACGGGGAAAUUCACGAGCACGUCGAGAAGAAGCUGAGCAUCAGCUCUGAGAAGGAGGUGUGCACCGAACUGCGGCCGCGGCUGUGCCUGAUCCAGAGAGGUUCUAACGGAUAUGGCUUCAACCUGCACAGCGAGCGGGCGCGGCCGGGCCAGUACAUCAGAGCUGUGGAUGAAGACUCUCCAGCAGAGAGGGCAGGCGUGCUGGCAAAGGACAGAAUAGUACAG